AUGGUCACCAGACGCCUUUCCGGCGAAGCCGGUCAUCGCCGCAAAUUCCUCGCGGUCGUCGACGAAACACCGGAAUGCGAGCGCGCCGUGUUCUACGCCGCUCGCCGCGCGGCCAACACCCAUGGCGGUCUGAUCCUGUUGUUCGUGAUCGCGCCCGGCGACUUCCAGCACUGGCUGGGCGUCGAGCAGGUGAUGCGUGAAGAGGCGAUGGAGCGCGCCGAGCAGGUGAUGUCGAAAUUCGCCACGCUCGCGCGCGAACAGUGCGGAAUCGAGCCCGAGACCGUGAUCCGCGAGGGCGUCGGCGUCGAACCCAUUCACGAACUGAUCGAGGAAGACCAGGACAUUGCCAUCCUCGUGCUCGCGGCCAGCGCGGCCAAGGAAGGGCCGGGGCCGCUCGUCUCAUCGAUCGCCGGGCGGGACGCGGCCUUUCCGAUCCCCGUCACCGUGGUGCCCGCCAAUCUGACCGACGAGGACAUUGAAAGCCUGUCGUGA